AUGGGCCUGGAGGGCUUCCGGGCCGAAGAUCACGCCGACGUAAUCUCGACGGCAAGAAGAAUCGAUGGCGCAAGGCGACGAGAUAUGCGUCGUCUCAAGGAUACCUUCGAAGAGAACCAUCAAGAGGUUCUAGAUAUGCUGUUGAAGAACGCGCAGGUCGCGUCUAAUCCGAAAUCUGAGUAUCAUGUGGAGAUCGUGAGGGCGCUCGCAGAUAUACGCGAGAAAUUCAAAGGUGCCGUCGUUCGUCGAACGUAUCAUGUGGAGAUCGUGAGGGCGCUCGCAGAUAUAUGCGAGAAAUUCAAAGGUGCCGUCGUUCGUCGAAUGGUAAAUUCGCUGGACUACACGGGGAGUCAAAUCUCGGGAUUGGCCGACUACCAGGAGCACAAGCUCCUGGUCAAGUUGGCCGACCAUGAACAGGAGUACGUCACGGGGCUGACCGAAGAUCUGAUUUCCGAGGGUGGUCGUGAGGCGGCGUUUCAAAUGGGCAAGAGUUUUUAUUUGGGAAUUCGGCGGUCGCUCACCCAUAUCGGCUGUCACGAUGCGUCGUGGGAGGCUCCUACCAAUGCGGAGGAAGCGGAGAAGGAGAUCUCCACGAAGAUCAAAGCGGUACUGGAGAUACUCGAGUAUCAUCUCAAGGAGGAUGGCCUGCCGCCUCUGCUCACGCCAGAGUCAGAGCCGGCCUCGGAGAACGUCCUCGCGCCCGCCCCAAAUGCCGUUAAGGAGCCGCGCGGAGAAGGAGCCGCGCCGGACAAAAUUAUUGUCUUCGUCGCAUUCCCGGCCAAUCUCGAGUUCUUUGAGUUCCGUAACAUCACCUGGAUCGAAGUUACGGGGAACGUCACCGUGAGUCAACGGGCGAAGAGAAUUCAGCAAUUCAAAGACGGCGGGCGCGCAGACCCGCGCGUUCUCAUCCUCUUGGGCGUUGGAUUAGUCGGAUUGAAUUUGGCGUGCGCAAAUAUAUUAAUUAUGAUGGACACUUUAUGGUCGGCGCAAGAGGAUUCGCAACUCAUCGGGCGCGUAUGGCGACACCCGCAACCAAAGCAGGUGCACGUCUACCGCUUGAUCGCAUGGAACACGCCGGACGUGUUCCUGAAUCGUAUUUCAUUCGACAAGGCGACAAUGAUGAAGGCCUUUACGGGGAUGCCGGGUCCGAUGCGCAACUUAUUCGGCCAGGAGUCUGAUGCAGCGGAUGUGCUCGACGACGGCACGUCCGAUAUCGAAGAAAUACCUGAGCCGAAGAGGAAGAAGAACACUGGCGCAACGAAGUCGAACACGGGCAGGAAAGGGAAAAAAUCCGCGCCGAUUGUCGUGGACAACGAAGAGGAGGCAGGGCCGUCCGGGACGUCCAGCGCUGCUCCGGCUCGCCCUGUGCCAGCACCCCGUCCGCACAAAGGCCCUCCGGCCCAAGACCUCGCGCCCAGCCUCCCCGCGCCGACACCGAUUGUGCCCACAGCCCCGUCGGCCCCAGUCCCCGCCCCCGAGCAGGCAAGACCGUCCGCACAGGCAGGGCCGUCCGCGACGCCCACGGCACCCUUCCAUCUUGAUUCGGCAGCUGAUGUUGUCAUGAGGCACGGCGAUCGGUCAGGAAUGAGUUCGCCGGUGGACGAGUCUUCCAAGUCGGAUACGUCGUCUUCAGCGGGUCAGCAAUCGCCGACGAAUGACGGGGCACGAACGCCCGAUCUUACAGGGAUGCAGAAUCUGGGUCUGCAAAGCGUCGAUCCCAUGGCUGAAGACUUGGAACCGCUCACUCCGCCUCCGGGUACGCCUCCUGCAGGCCCGUCGAAACACCCCCUGAGCAGCCCGGUGGCGCCUCCGCCGAAGAAGCCCAAGACCAGUGCGAGAGCCCAGUCUCGAGGCAGCCGAGGCGGCAGGGUCGGCAGGGGCGGCAGGGGCGGCAAGGGGCGUGGCGGCAAGGAACCCGCAACUGAGGAGGUCUUCGACACAACCUCCCUCAAGGACUUGCCGCCGGCGAAGAAGAAGGCUCGCCCAGGGAGUAAGAAGCGCGGCGAUAAUGACGAAUACAAGCCUUGA